AUGGAAUUGGCUAAGAAAUAUGAUUUACUGAAGUUGACAGUUCAGCUGUAAGUUAUUUGUUGUUUUAGGUAAUAAAAUGCAUUUUUAAUUGAGAAACACGAAUUUUAUUACCUAAAUUAGUCUUCAUCACAAACUUUUGUUUCUAAUAAUAUGUUUGGGUACAAUAUUUCUUAUUGUUAAUCUGUUGAUCUUAACAUUAAAAGUGUUUGUUUUAGAGAAUUUUCAAACCGCAAAGAUGAAGUUGAAAGUCAGAAGGAGUUCGCAGCGCUUUGCCAGAUGGCGGUGGAGAAAUUUUUGGGGGAAGCUGGCCCUGAAUACGUUGUAGACAAGUUCUUUGACAAGAAAACACAGACAGGUGCUUUAAUAUUUGAUGCUGAACAUUUGAAUCAUAUUUGGGCUGCGUUGACACUUCAAGGAAGUUAUUUGGACUCGCGGAUAUCAAUUCAGAUGAAAAAGGUAAUUAGUUUUGUUAGUUUUUGGGAUUUUAGGACAUCUGAAGCUUUGAUAGCAUGAAUUAUAAGGUUUAUCUGUGGUUGUCAUCAGAAAGUGUAUCAUUAUGUUUUUAUACAAGCCUUUAUGGUUAUUGGUGGUUUUACUUCCAAUAACCUUCAAAAAUUCGCGUUUUAUUUAAAUUGUUAUAUGUUUUUCAGAUUGAAUCAGUUCAACAGAUGUUUCAAGAGCUUUAA